GUCCAUCUUCGGAAACAAUCGAGAACCCUCGUCCGCACCACCAUCCCCUCCAUACCGCCCGCACCGUCUCAGGUCUCUACUGUAAUGUCUCGAGAAUCGGACACUGCUCAAGGCGUCGCUACUGGCGCUGGCGAAGAGCUCAGCAAGAAAUCGAAAAUCGAUGACAGUAUGGACGUAGAUACUGAUCCUGCCUUAUCUGCACAACAACGAGCCGCUUCGCAGGGCUUGGAGCCGCCCUCGCAGCCGCUCGCUGUUGCUGCUGCGAAGGACCCCGCCUCUUCGAGCCCUCAGUCUCCAGCAGCGCCUUCGUCGUCGGCGAGCGCAGAUCGACGACAUGAUCCCUUCGCUUCAGCGCCUUUGUCGUCGUCGGCGCCGACUCAAAGCGUCGAAGAUCCGCAUGUUCGACUCCAAACAGGAGCGAACAAUAGAGCCGGCCCGAGCACCGAUCGUCCGAUUUCGGACAUACCUUCGCCACCGCCACACGUGCGCUUGACUGCGAACGAUAUGGAAAUCGACAAUCCUUUGGAUCGCCCCAUCAUCGCUGUCUUUCCGCAACACGAUAGUGGUGAAUCAGAGGUUGAUGAUAUGGACGAGAUCGACGACGACGUGCCAGACGGACAUCCGCCACCGCCAAGUGGUGUGGAUACGAAGGACUGGGAAACGAGCGAAUCGCUCACCUGCUUGUUUUGUAAUCAUCCACCCUUUCUUCGAUCGGGUGACUGUCGUCGACAUAUGCGCGAACGGUGCCCCAAUAACCCAGUCGCUAGGAAGGGUACGCAUAUCUGCCAGUUCUGCCAAAGCAUCAUCAAAGGCCCUCUAAGUGAUCUGCGAGGGCACUGGAAUUACUGUGCGGUACGGGUGAAGAAUAAACUUCCUAUACCUAGCAAACCUGAGAAAAUACAUCGAGCACCACCUCCCCCACCUACCUCGUUCGUUUUCGACCAGGUCGUCACUCCAUCUAUGUAUACGGAACCAGUCGAGCCUCCUGUGAUCGAGGAGGAAAUCUUUUAUAUGCCGCGUUUCCCGCCUUCACCUACGUACGGUCCUCCGAACCUCCCGCGCUCACCAACACCUCCCACGAAAAGACGAGGGAGCCGAGCGCGUCCGGGGCAUAUCCCUCGACCACCUAACGCAUUCAUGCUCUUCCGAUCUCACUGUAUCCACACUGAUCGUGUUACCGAUACUCAAGCCAAUCUUUCGAGAGCGAUUGCUGAUCGAUGGGCCGCCAUGGCUGAGCACGAGAAACGGCCAUGGAAAUUGCAAUCCGAGCAAGCCAAGGAGGACCACCUUCGGAAGUAUCCUGGCUACGUUUACCGACCCAGACGGCCAGAGCCGAAGAAGGGUGCAGCUGCUUCGGCAACUAAAGGCAAAGCUCAACCCGUCCCGGAACUUAAAUAUCCUCAUCCUCGUAGAAUCACUGUGCACGAGAAUCCAGUAUGGAGUGUCUCAUUCCCCGAAGAUGCGCUUGAGCAGCCGUCUGGGGGAAAACGUAGUGCUCCUACCGGCGAACCGGUUGUAGAACUUCGGAAACGACAGCGUAUGUCCGAGCCCUCGAGGUCGGCCAUUCCACCACCACCACCACCACCGCCUCCUCCGCCUAACGCAAGUUCCAGUAACGGAGGAGGGAUCACGCUUCCGACCGUCCAUAUGGACAACGGGGCCGCGCCAGCGAAGACUCGUAGGACCAGGUCGAAGCCGUCGGUCCCGGUCAUUGCGCCUGCGCCUUUUGUACCACCAGCACAGAACCCCCCAGUUCCUCAAGCCCAGCCGGAAGCUGGGAGCAUAGUCGAAGACUUACGGAGGCGCCAUUCUGUGUUCACGAGGAAUGCCACUCCUUCUUCGAGCAGGCCUGCUUCAGGGGACGUUGCUGAAGCAGACACACGUCCCAAUUCUGUCGCCAGCUCUUCCCAACCCCUUCACGCUCCUCCUUCCUUCGCGCAACUGGCUCUAAGUGCUGGGGCACGGGGACAAUCUUACAUGUCCGGGGCCGUACCGAGAUUGUCACGACCUCUUUCGCAGUCGACCGCCUCGCCCCUCGCUCCAGGAACUGGUCAGCAAUCGCCUCCUCCCCCUAGACUUUCGACGUUCGGCCCACCAUCUUUCUCUCCCGUUUUAUGGGGAUCAACCCACAAAAACACUACCCCCGCUCGACCCCCUUCGCCUCCUGUACAUCCUCUUCAGCCCGUUCCUUCGUCUUCGCCCAAACCUUCGCAUGCGCAUGCAUCGCCUUCUUCGACUUCGAUUUCGCAUCCAUCGCAACCGUUAAUGGCAGCUUUACUCCCGCCCGAACCCCAACCCGAACCCGUUCGUUUUCAACCUUCUCCCGCGCGUACUUCUUCGCAUUCUCCAGCAUCUGAGUCGUCUCAGCGCACCACUUCCAACUCGCAUACCCCGACUUCAUCGCUCUCUCAGUCCAUGCGCUCACGCCCGCGCACGCAAGACGACGUGAUGAAGGACGUGCUCGCUUCGGCGUCGUUGAAGCACCAACAGCGUUUGCAGGCGAUACGCGUGCAUUGGGCCACUAGUCGCAGGGACGAACCCUACGUGCAGCGAUUGUUGGGGGAGAGGAUACCUGAAGAAUUUCGACAGUUCCAUGAGCAUUACUUGGAGCAUCCAACAUGCUAUUUGCCUAUCCUGAAAAGUGCACGAAACGUCAUCAAUCAUCUGCGCUCCGAACUCGAGGACUUGCACAGCAAGAGGAACCAAGACCUCGAACUGGGCGAGACUAUCAGUCUCGAGAUCGAGCAACUCAAACGGGAUCACGACAGACUGCGCCAGCGAUUAUCGUCAAUCUCCGCCUCCUCCGCUCGUCCUCAAGCUCAAGGCCAAUCUCCCCCACCUGCUCCGGUCCCCAAUGCCAAGCCCCGUUCCGCUCGGAACAGUCCCAGUCCGAGCGCAAGCCCUGCACCUAGCGUUGCAGCCAGUUCUUCACCUACUAUCCACGACGCUGUCGUUCUUCCUGAUAGUCCGCCCGCGAGCCCUUCUGCGAGUCCUCCGCCAAGUAGUAUGGCGGACGACGCAUCCGACGCAGAGACCGAGGUCGAUAAGACCGUCGUGAUCGUACCGACUCCAGUCGCAGAAUCUCAGACUGAAGAUGCGAACUCGAAAACACACGCCGAGGGGGAGUGAGCGAUUUAGUAUCGUGCUACACUAUUUAAUAACUUCGUUCUACUGUAAAAAUUAUAUCUGUCGUCUAUUCGUCUUCUUUUUACCUGGGAGAGUACCAGUGUACGUUUGGAUACGUGUGGCGAGGCGAAGGACUCGUCGCAAACUUGAACUCAUGCUAUACAUGUAAUGGGCAAACGGUCUAAUAUUAUACAGUGUACGCUACGUUCUUUGCGCACAACGCCGUAAUGCGUGGGUUGUUUUACUGUCAGGAAGU